AUGAAGCAAUUACCUCAAAGGCCCUGGAAAAUAUCGGGGCUGGAGGCCAUUGACAACCUUAGGAAGGCUCUCCUGGAGGCAGACAAAUAUGACAAAGUGAAGCAACUCCUUAAGCAAACUCAGCUUGAGCCCAGUGGUGCUGUGGGAACAGAGCUCUCUCAAAACCUGUGGCUGCUGGCAUCGAAAGAUUGGGCGAAUGUCAGGCUGGUGCUACAGAGGAUGGCAAACGAGAACCCCAAAGAGCCGCUCUUAAGUAUUUUGCUUGUGAAAGCAAACCUCGGAUGUGCCAAGAAAGGGUCAUAUGAGGAGGCUGUGCGCUGGGGAAGGUGGGCAGUACAGGCCUGUGAGGCAGAUGGCACUCCAGAUUGGCUGAAUGCCCAGGCACACAAAGCGCUAGGUGCAGCACUCAGCACCACAGCAGCACAAGGAACGCUACCACAGCAAGAUCGUGUGAAGCACAGGAGGGAGGCAAUGAGCAUCCUUUCAAGGCUUGCUGACAAGAGUGGCGAAGAUGCUUUGGUGCUGUAUAACAUGGCAUUGCUGCAUGCAGAGAGCAGACAGUACACAGAGGCAUUGAAGAAUGGCAGGGCAGCACUCUCUGUGAGUGAGGGGCUCCUUGCCCCAGCAUGGGCACUUGUGGCUCUGAUUCUCUCAGGGAGGCGUGAGCUGAGCGCAGCUUUGGAAGUACUUGAUGGUGCUCUUUCGGAGGUGAAUGAGGUGUACGAAUCAAUGUUUGUAUCCAUCAAAUCCAAGCUGCUCAUUGCGGCUGGUGCACCCCAUGAAGGCAUUGCGGAGUUGGCCAAGUUGUGUGGCAAACUGCGGCAGAUGCGCAAGACAAACAGCUGGCACUCUGAUUUGCAGAAGGAGGCACUUAUGUUGCAGGAGGCACAGCUGUGGGGUGAGCUGGCGCUCUCGUAUGUCAAUGAGGGGCAGCAGCAGGAUGCUGAGUACUGCCUAGAUGAGAUGACAUCCCUGGCACAGUGGACGCCUGACAGCUUGUAUGCUGAAGCACGGAUACGACAGGCAGCUGGGGAUAUAACCACUGCUAUUCGUAAAUACGAGACUGCGUUGGCCAUGAAUCCUGACCAUGCUCUCAGCUGCUUGCAUCUGGGGAUGCUGUAUUGGGAGCAAACGGAGGCCUCAGUGAAGACGGGAACAGACGCUUCUUAUGAGCUCGUUACUGCACACAGCAUGCUGUCUGAUGCCGUCAGGCACAGGCCAGACAAUCACAGAGGAUGGUACUAUUUGGCUUGGUCUGCAGAGCGCAAGGCCAACAGGAAGAUGCUAAGAAAUUCCUCCAGAAUGCAGUGUCGCUGGCUGCGUCGUCUCCUGUGGAGAGCUUCAGCAUCUUGCCAAGAAUAUUUUGAGGACGGUGAACACACGGGCUGUGGUUGGCUAUGUGGUCUGCACUGGCCAACUGCUGCCUAA